AUGACCGCAGCUGCGGAAUCCUACGAGGCAACCACAACAGCUAAAAAGAAGCGAUCACGCCGUGGACGCAAAGGAAAUCCUCCGGGUCCUGUCGCAUUAAAGCCGAAGAAGGCCUUGUUUGUGGAUGAGAUUGGAGAUUCCUUGAUUGAUCAGCUUUAUGAGACACCCAAACGCAAUGGCGAUGACGGCAAUUCUGCUGUAUCGUCGAUUUCCCUCAUGGAUCACUUGCGCAGCAAUGUUGCAGCACAUCCCGCCUCUUCCUGUUCCAGUUCAGCAAGUUUCCAUACGAUACCCAAUUCCAGCCCAGCGACGAGCGUGAACAGUGAUGAACCAGUACUCCCUCACUCACAAGUAGCAACCAAGGUCAAUGUGCUCCAAUCGACCACUGAUACCUUUCACGCGAAAACGGAAGGUCAAGACCAAGAUGCUGUAUUCAGACUCGACGAUUUCAAAACAAUCACGGCCAUCCAACACAUAGCUGCACUACAUGGCAAAGUCGCACACAUGGGAAUCCUCGAUCACAGCUACCGAUUCUUCGUGAACGAAUCAAGAACAGCAGCAUUAUCAUUUAAGGCCCAGAAUGGGGUGGCAGUCAUCGGUGGAGAUCCACUAUGCAACAAGGACGAAAUUCCCGAGCUCCUGUCCGAAUUCGCGUCGUACCGACAGCGGCAUCACUUGAGCAUAGCAUUCAUGGGCGCCAGCGAGUCGUUCCUCAAAGACUACGCCAAACCAAAGGGCUGGACAACGAUCCACUUUGCCACGGAGCGCGUGCUCAACCCCCAGACAAACGAAGUGAUACUCGAGAACAGCGGGAAACGUAUCUUGACCAAGAGCCGUCAGCUCACGAACAAAAGCAAAGGCGGCAUCACCAUGGGCGUGUACGCCCCUUCCGUUCACGGCAUCAACCAAGAACUACAAACCAACCUAAUCACUAUCUACGAUGCUUGGCGUGCCGAGCGCAACGCUUCUGCAAGCCCACAAGCCUUCAUAACUGUCUACGACCCCUUUGCUGUCCCCGACCUGAUGACAUUCAUAUACACCCGCACCCCCGACGGAACAAUCAACGGUUUCGCCGCUCUUCGACGCCUCGGCUCCGGCGGCUACCAUGUCGACCCAUGUAUCGCAGCCCCAGGCAGCGUAAAUGGAAUCAGCGACCUUCUACUCAUCAUGGCAAUGGCGCUCCUCCGACGCGCCGGUGUCUCAUACCUUGGCCUCGGUGUCGAACCGCUCCAAUCACUCACUGGCGAGGAUGUCAGCGGUAUGCCCUGGCCUUGUAAGAAGUUUACACGCGGCUUGUACGGUCAUGCAUUCCACCGUCUGCCCAUCGGCGGGAAGAAGGCAUACCACGACAAAUUCCGCCCAGACCCCACUCAAGACUCGGAUCUUUAUCUUGUUUUCCCAUCUGGCAUACCCAGCCCCCGACAUGUGCUUGCUAUGACUCAUAUGGCUAAUAUCAGCUUGCGGAAGAUAUUCCGGGCUGAUGUUGAGGCUUGUGUGUUGACUCGCAAGUUGAAGGCUGGUGGUAAGAAGGAGGGUUCCGCUGAUCAGAACCCUAAGGGUAAGGGGUUUGAGGAGGAGGUUCUUGUAUUCUAUUCGCCCUGUGUGCGUUAA